AUGGUUGCAAUGGAAGACACUGCCGGCACCAAAACAACCGGGGGCCGACGAGUCAUGGUGGUUGCCGACGCUACCAGAGAGUCUGCAGGUGCCUUACAAUAUGCCCUAGCCCAUGCAAUACUAGAGAAGGAUGAGAUGAUCUUAAUACAUGUAAUUAGCCCUUGUCCAAGGAAAGGUGCAUUUGGCUUAAAUUCAUUGAGCUCCUUCUUUAGAAAGCAGCAGCUUGAACACACUCAUGUCACCUCAAAUACUCCAACUGAAGGCGGCAGUGGCAGCAUAAUUGGAAAUGGUGGCAUUUUCGGAGGCGGCGUCGUAGGCAUCUUUGGUGGGAAUGGGGUUAUGGAUGGCAAUGGAGGUGGGAAGGAUGCAGAUUUCUUAAAGGUAAUGAAGAGGGCAUGCCAGAAAGCACAUCCUGAUAUGAAGGUUAGAGUGGAAAAGGUGGAGCAAGGAUGCAUGGACAAGGCUAAUACUGUUUUAUCCCAUACCAAGAAGUUAGCUAUUGACCUUCUUAUCAUUGGUCAACGUCGAAAUCUUUCCAAUAUUCUCUUAGGAGCUAGAAGAACUGGAGGUCCAUUGCUAGGAGGAUCAAAAGUAGUAGACACGGCGGAGUUUCUGAUAGAAAACAGCCUGUGCACUUGUGUUGGAGUACAGAAGAAGAACCAAAAUGGAGGCUAUCUUCUCAACACCAAAACCCACAAGAAUUUCUGGCUACUAGCAUAACAAAGAAUCAGGUAGCCAUUUUUAGCUUCAAAAUAAAGGUUUGAGAUUUGCUGAUAUUUCCAGCAGUUUGCGACAAUGUCGAUGGAUCAAACGGAAAUAGAACAGUAAAUCAUUGUUAUAAAAGGUUUACAACAUUUUUGCAGAACAUAGCGAAGCCAAUACCAUAUCACACUUUCAUUGUUGGUUUAAAUAUCUUUACGAGUAUGUACAUGGAGUAAUACUGAACUUCUGAAAUUUCCUGUCUCACAAAAUCAACAUGCGAUUUUUCUCUUCCAGAAAAAAGGUGAACAGGGAAAAUCAACAUGUAAUAAAGAGAAUAUGCUAAAUGAUUAAGGCAUGUUAAUGGAAUAGUCAUUCCCUCUCAAAUUUGUAUAUUUAUAUCAUAUAUGAAGAGGAAAAA